CUCAAAUUACUUCUGCGUUCUUCAGGUUCAAGAUGCCUUUCAAACAAGUGAAUGAAUUUGAUAGCUUGAAUUCUUAUUUGAGGGAGGUGUAUUUGGGCAAAGAGAUCAUAGGAGAGUUAAAUACUUUCGUUUGGGAAAAUGAUGAAGAGUCAUGGGAGGACCAUUUUUUCAAAAUACUAGAGGACAUGUAUCCCAUUAUGCCCCCUGAUUUGAUCAAUGAUAUGUGGUUUGAAGAAAAGACAUGGGAUGAUUUCAAAAAAGAUGUUGAUUUACUAUAUCAACUUGAUUUGAAAUGGCUGGAAGACAAAAGUUUUUACACAACUUUGGAAGAGGCUUUGAACAAGGUGGUCAAAGCCCAGGAAUCAGAGAUCCACCACCUUAUACUUAAUGACAAAAUCGUUCAAGCUUUGGAAGAUGAUGUUGUUUCUAUGAUGCUCUACUUCUUUUACAACACAAAGCUGAAACAUCUUGUGUGCGUCAAAAUUGGAAGGUUCAGAAAUAAGAAAUCUGCCAUCGAUGAAGAUGAAGAGCCGAAGAGGACCAUGGAAAUGGGGAUGACUCCAACUAGAGAUCUGAUAUAGCCCCUGGUUACACUGUGAUGCCGUUCCUAGUUGAAUACUCCAAAUGUCAACUCUCCCAAAGCAUUUUCUGCAGCUUUUAGUCAACCCCUUCUUAUCCAUCUAUUUUCCUUUCUAUAAAUGGCAGCAAAGGGGUUCAAGUGGCCCUUUUUCUAUUAUCAGUGUUUGUACCUAUAAAAAAGUGAGCAUAUUAAGAGGAAAGAAGAUGUUAAUACUGGGUAUAAGCUUGCAGUAUUUGAUGAACUUGAUGGUUGCUGGUGCUUCACUCAUGAUUGGGUUGGGAUUUUUUGCUUUCAGUGCUUCUAUUCUCUGCUCUGCUUGUUUCUUCAUGAAUGUCAAGGAACUUUCUUCAAUUUCCUUUUUGGGAAUUUAGGGCAGGUGUGGAUUUGGUGGCAGAGCUGGUUGGAAUGAGAUUGGGUCCAAAAGGAAGGAAUGUAGUGCUUAGAAAUAAAUAUGGUCCUCCCAACAUAAUUAUGGCGAAAUUGUUCUUAAAGAGUACAGAUCCAUCUGGACAAUCCUUUGGAAAAUGUCAAGAGUAAAAUUGGUUAGGGAAGCUGGUGCCAAGACUAAUAAUCUUGCUGGUGAUGGUUGCACAACAUCUAUAGUGCUUGCUCGUGAUCUGGUUGCUGAAGGUGCCAAGGGUUGAAGGGAAUGGAAUAACCUAUAGACAUCUCUUUUUUAGAUAAAAACAGCUUUCUUGUUUUGGUUAUAAUUGUGUUUAGUCAUUAUCUUUCUCUAGGUUACUGCGACGGGAGCAAAUGUUGUCCAAGUGUGAGAGAACUGCCAAAGCCCUUAUUUCUGAGCUCAAGUUGAUGUCUAGAGAGGUUGAGGAUCACGAGCUGGAAGAUGUUGCUGGUGUUAGUGCUGGCAAUGAUUAUGCCAUCGGGAACAUGAUCUCGGAAGCUCUAAGACAGGUUGGGAGAAAAGGUGUUGUCACAAUUGAGAAAGGGAACUAUACUGAAACCAGUCUAGAAGUUGUAGAAGUAGCUUUGGUUGAUAAAAAGAUUACAAACCAAAGGACAAUGCAGUAAAGGAGAAAAACCUGGUUUUGAUAGUCGCAGAGCGCAUUGACCAGAACACUCUGGCUCCAGUAAGUAGGAACAAACUCAGUUGUCCUAAAGGUAGCUGCUAUAAAAGCUCCAUCUUUUGGGGAGUGCAAGAGUCAAGAGCCAUUGCUUAGAUGAAUCGCUAUCUUGACUCGAGGUACUAAAAUAUGCAUAGUAAAACAGAGUUUGGUAGUUGGUUAUGUCUACAACCUCGUUUCUAAGUCUCUCUAGAGCCAUCAAUCAUUGAACCCUGGUGUAAUGGGUUUUGAAGAGAUGUUAUGACUCAAAGCUUCAAACUUCAUGUAAUGAACCGACAGUAUUGUUAGAGGUCAGAAACCCCAUCACUACGAAGGUCAGAAAUGCAUACAAUGUUUAAUCUAA